UCUUUUACGAGGACAGAAACUUCCAGGGCCGUCACUAUGAGUGCAUGAGUGACUGCGCUGACCUUCACUCCAUGUUUGACCGCUGCCGCUCCAUCCGGGUGGAGAGCGGCAUGUUCAUGAUCUACGACCGGCCCAGCUACACUGGGAACCAGUACUUCAUGAGGAGGGGGGAGUACUCUGACUACAUGGGCAUGACAGGCCUGAAUGACUGUGUGCGCUCCUGUCGGAUGAUCCCCUUGCACCGCGGUGGCUACAGGAUGAGGCUGUUCGAGCAUUUCGACAUGGAAGGUGAGAUGAUGGAGCUGACGGAGGACUGUCCCAACCUCAUGGAGCGCUUCCACAACUACAACUUCAACUCCUGCAACGUGAUGGACGGACACUGGCUCAUGUACGAGCAGCCCAACUACAGAGGGCGCCACUUUACCUGAGGCCCGGCCAGUACAAGAGCUUCAGCGAGUGGAAUGGCAACAACUCGCGCGUGGGCUCCAUCAGGCGGCUCAUGGAUCUCUAAAGACGGAGGCGCGGUUCUGGCGCACUGUCUGCUCUUUGCCUGUUUCACACGCUGAAUAAAAUGGCGUCUG